CCCCUCCCGCCCGCUCCUCCUUAUUAGAAAGCGAGAGCGGACGAGACAUCCGGUUCCGCCCCGAAUCCGUGCUUGUGAGGGAGGGAGGGAGAAAGAGAGAGACGGACGCGCUGCCCCAGUCGCUCCUCCCCCCGCGCCCUCGGCCGGGAAGCGAACCCCGGACCCUGAGACGGAGAAAGAAGAGCGCCUAGCCUUUGACACUGUCUACCAAAGAAAUGGUGAUGGAGAAGCCAAGUCCGCUGCUUGUAGGGCGGGAGUUCGUGAGGCAGUACUAUACCCUGCUAAAUAAAGCCCCCGACUUCUUACACAGGUUUUAUGGCAGGAAUUCUUCUUAUGUGCAUGGUGGACUGGAUGCCAGUGGCAAACCACAGGAAGCCGUGUAUGGCCAGGCUGACAUACACAAGAAGGUGAUGUCCCUGCAGUUUAGUGAAUGCCGCACUAAGAUCCGCCAUGUGGACGCUCAUGCAACUCUGAACGAUGGAGUAGUUGUGCAAGUCAUGGGGGAGUUGACAAAUAAUGGGCAGCCAAUGAGGAAAUUCAUGCAAACCUUCGUACUGGCUCCAGAAGGAUCUGUUCCAAAUAAGUUUUAUGUACACAACGACAUAUUCCGUUAUGAAGAUGAAGUAUUUGGUGACUCUGAAGCUGAACUAGAUGAAGAGUCAGAAGAUGAAGUAGAAGAAGAGCAUGAAGAAAGGCAGCCAUCCCCUGAGCCUGCUCAAGAGAAUGCAAGCAGUACUUACUACGAUAAUCACCCUGUAACUAAUGGAAUAGAAGAAACGUUGGAAGAAUCUACUCACGAACCUGAGCCUGAGCUGGAAUCUGAAUCAAAAGCUGAGGAACUAAAACCUGAAGUGGAAGAAAAAAAUAUUGAAGAGCUAGAAGAAAAAUCUCCAUCCCCACCUCCUGUAGAAACAGUUUCUCUACCACAAGAACCACCAAAGGCUUUCUCUUGGGCUUCAGUGACCAGUAAAAACCUGCCUCCUAGUGGUACUGUUUCUUCCUCUGGAAUUCCACCCCAUGUUAAAGCACCAGUCUCACAGCAAAGAGUAGAAACAAAACCUGAAACCCAGUCUCAACCUCCUCGUGUGCGUGAACAGCGUCCGCGGGAGCGGCCAGGCUUUCCCUCAAGGGGCCCCAGACCAGGUCGAGGAGAUAUGGAUCAAAACGAAUCAGACAAUCGACGAAUAAUUCGCUAUCCAGACAGUCAUCAGCUCUUCGUUGGCAAUUUACCACAUGAUAUUGACGAGAAUGAACUGAAAGAGUUUUUCAUGAGCUUUGGGAAUGUUGUGGAACUUCGCAUCAAUACUAAAGGUGUUGGAGGAAAACUCCCAAACUUUGGCUUUGUGGUGUUUGAUGACUCUGAGCCAGUUCAGAAGAUUUUAUUGGCAAAACCUGUUAUGUUUCGUGGUGAAGUGCGCUUGAACGUAGAAGAAAAAAAGACCAGAGCUGCUCGUGAAAGAGAGAUCCGAGGUGGUGGCGAUGACCGCAGAGAUAUCCGGCGCAACGACCGAGGUCCAGGGGGUCCACGUGGCAUUGUGGGUGGUGGAAUGAUGCGAGACCGCGAUGGAAGAGGGCCGCCUCUGAGGGGUGGCAUGGCCCACAAACUUGGCUCCGGAAGAGGAACUGGGCAGAUGGAAGGCCGGUUCACAGGUCAACGUCGCUGAAGACCCAAAUGUUGGCAGGCAGUCUUGGCAGUGAUACAUUAUUCGUCGUGUUUGCAUUCUUGUUAAUUUUCUGGCUUUGGAAUGUAACACAGCCUUUUUGAUCAUUUCUUUGAUGUGAGAAACAUCCUUUGGUUACCAGUUAAAUUGAGGUGGACGUUCUUUCCCCAAUUUCACAAAGAAGUCACACUGUUAACGUAUAACUUAGACUUGGAGAUUAAGAACUGAGAAAUGACCAUUUAAACUUUCUGCAGCAACAACUUUAAACAAAAAAAAAGGACAAGGGCGUGCCUAAUUUGAGUUAAGGUCCUUUCAGUAAAACAAAACAAAAAAAGCACCCUCCUGCUACACAUUUUGUGUAAGUGUUACUGUUUCUGCCUAAUACUGUUGGAAACGCAACUAGUGCAAUCUUUGCAAUUGGAGAAGCUUACCCUUUUCCCCCCUUAUAGAACACUUGGCUCCAAACAACUCACGUUUUUACGAACUCAAAAGCGCACUAAUGGGUAUUUGACUCCUUUUACGUUGACAUCUGCUGAAAGCAGCAAGGAAAAAGUAGCUUGUGAAACGAUGCAGGCAUCUGCUCUGCUUUGCUCUGACCAAUAUAUGUACACACACACAAACCUUAACGAGACUACAAGUAUGUUCCAGAAGGAAACCAUUUAGCUGUAAACACAGAUGUAAAAACUUCAAAAAUCAUAGUCCUGAAUACGAAACAAGUUUGGUUUGGUUUUUUUUUUUAAAGGAUUUAAUGAGCUCCCCCGCCUUUCUCCAGAACAGGGAUGGCUAAAUGCUCAACACACUCCUUCUCCCCUUCCCCCCUUUCUGUAAGCAGUGUACAGUGAAAAAUUGUCUCUACUGUAUUGAGGUCUCUGGUAAUGUAAUAAGCAUGAUGGUGCCUUCUAUUAAAUACAUCAUUCCAGUGUU